AAACUGUCGGCUGACUUUUUUUUUUUAAUUAAGUUGAUCAUGACUGUAAGUCAGCUGGGAUUUGCUGUCCGUGUCGUCAGGGGGAACUGUAACUCAUGUAACCAGACCUUGAGGGGGUUUUACGCACCACAGCCUUAAAACCUGGGAGAACUCCGGGAGACACCGGGCCAGCACGCACGGGUUGAAUCUAAUCCCGAAUAAUUAAUCAGCUGACUGCGAAGACUUUGAAGGUUUUUUUUGAGUUGAAGUCCUCUUUUUUGUUGUUGUGGGUGUGGGUGUCCGCUCCGAUCUGAGACAUGUGGUGGAUGCUGUUUCCCCGCUGGAUUUGGUUCGUUCUCGGACACUUUUAUCUUCUUGUCCUUUUUUUGGACAGCUACCGGGUGAAGGCGAUGCCUUUGAUGUCCGUGGCAAAGGUGGUGUAUUCUCACGCAGGUAUGUGUCCGAAUGACCUGAACCCCAACCUGUGGGUGGACGCGAUGAGCACCUGCAUGCGCGAGUGCGAAUCUGACCAGGACUGCGAGGGAUUCGAGAAGUGCUGCCCCAACGUCUGCGGUAACAAGAGCUGCGUGGCGGCUCGCUAUAUUGACAUAAARGGCAGCAAGGGUCCCAUUGGAAUGCCGAGGGGCGCCACCUGCGACAAGUUCAUGUGCGCUCAACAGGGCUCCGAGUGCGACAUCUGGGACGGCCAGCCUGUUUGUAAGUGCMGAGACCGCUGCGAGAGGGAGCCCCACUUCACGUGUGCGUCUGAUGGCAUGACUUAUUAUAACAAGUGCUACAUGGAUGCAGAAGCCUGUUCCAAGGGUAUCUCAAUCUCUGAGGUCACCUGCAGGUAUCACCUGUCCUGGCCAAACACCAGUCCAAUCCCCAUCGAGACCACCUUACAUCCCACUACCGCCCAGCAGACCACCAUCCCAACUGACAUUCAGCUUCCCACCAUCCACAGUGGGCCUACCAGACAGACCGUAUUCGUGGGUGAAACCGCCAGUUUUCUGUGCGAGGUGUCCGGAAAGCCUCAGCCGGAGAUCACUUGGGAGAAACAGCUGAAGGGCAAAGACAACAUCAUCAUGAGACCCAAUCACGUGCGAGAUAAUGUCGUGGUGACCAAUAUUGGCCAGUUGGUCAUAUACAACACCCAACUUCAGGAUGCCGGAAUUUACACAUGCACAGCCAAAAACGUCGGAGGAAGCAUGUCAUUGCAUUUUCCUUUGGCGGUAAUCAAGAGCGAGCAGAAGGGGAAAAAUGUAGAGGCGAAUAAUACCAAYCUGCCUUUCCCAGCCGCAGAGUGUCUUAAGAGUCCAGACAUGGACGACUGCGGAGAAGAAAGCAUUAGCUGGUACUAUGAACCGAAACGGAACAACUGCUUCACCUUCACCUACAGCCAGUGUAACAAAAACCAAAACCAUUUUGACACCUACGAAUCGUGCAUGCUGUCRUGUGGCGGAGAGGUGGCGGCUCCCUGCAGCCUACCAAGUCUUCAAGGUCCCUGCAAGGUCUACGAGCCUCGCUGGGCGUACAGCAGCAGCCUGAAAAAGUGCCAGUCUUUCGUGUUCGGAGGCUGCGGAGGCAACGAGAACAACUUCGAGUCCAAAGAGGCCUGCGAAGAGAUGUGCCCCUUCCCAAAGAACCACAACUGCAAGAUCUGCAAGCCUCGAGGCAAGAUGGUCACCAGCUUCUGCAAGAGUGACUUCGUGAUCCUCGGACACGUCUCCGAGCUGACAGAAGAGCAGGAGUCAGGCCACGCUCUGGUGACCGUGGAGGAAAUCUUGAAGGAUGAGAAGAUGGGCCUGAGGUUCUUUGGGAAGGAGCCGUUGGAAGUGACCCUUCUGAACAUGGACUGGAACUGCCCCUGCCCUAACAUCACGGUCGCUGAUGGGCAGCUCAUCAUCAUGGGGGACGUUCACAACGGGAUGGCCGUCCUCCAGCCUGACAGUUUCGUGGGCUCCUCCAGCGCUCGCCGAAUCAGAAAGCUGCGUGAAGUUAUCCAGAAGAAGACCUGCGAUUUCCUCAAAGAUUUCUCUGCAAUGCAGUGAUUCACCGUCCGAUUCCUUCAAGCUCCAGUGACCUCAUCAGUCAGAMUCACUGCCAAGAAACACAAUAUUUGUUUUGGUUGCAUUUUCUUACAYAUAUUUUAUUUUCUUUCAUUUCCUAUUUCACUCCAAAGAUCUUUUAUCAAAAGUAUUUACUGUGCAAAAUAUUUAAUGUUUUUUUUUCCCUUUACUGAAUCUUUUACACACUAAUAUUCAUUUUGUUAGACGUUUUAAUGUGAUAAGCAUAUUGAUGUUGUUGUUGUGUAACAGCUGUCCUGAGCUCUUCACCUCACAGGAAUUCAAUGCAAAGCCUCAGUUUAUCCACCAGAAUCAAAUAAGCUCUUUGGUUCCAUUAUUUUUUUUGGAAUCAGUUUUCAUUACAACACUGAAAAUGUACGGGAACUCAUGUGUCAUAUUUAUUUUUCUCUAUCUCAUUCUUAGGGCUUUGCCAAGUGGAUUUAUAUAGUUUUAAUUUAAUCUAAUUACUUAAAAAACAUGUUUUUAUCCAUGAAAACUUAGAUUAACUGAUGAAUAAAGAUGAUUCUGAAAUAUU